AUGGCACCAGCAAAUCCUAGAACAUUAGAUGAGCUAGUAAUUCCUGCGGAGUACAAAACAACAAUUGAUGGUAAGCCAUUUUUGUUAUAUGACAGUAGCGAUGAAAAAUCAGGAAAACCGCGAAUUUUAAUUUAUUCGACAGAAGAAAAUUUAAAUUUGAUGACUAAUUGUAACAAUUGGUAUGCAGAUGGUACAUUCUCUAGUGCACCAUCUAUUUUUUACCAACUAUAUACCAUUCAUGGUAUACAAUACAGUAACGUUUUGCUAUUUUUAUUCGCUCUCCUUCCAAAUAAAACGGAAGAAACUUAUGUCCGUUUUUUUGAAAUAAUUUUAAAUUUAAAACUGGAACUUAAACCAACAACUUUUAUGCUUGAUUUCGAGCUUUCAACCAUAAAUGCAAUAAAAAUGGUGUUCUCAAAUACGUCAUUACAUGGAUGUUUUUUUCAUUAUUCGCAAGCUCUAUGGAGACAUAUCCAAGAUAGCGGGUUAGCUAUUAAAUAUCGUGAAGAAUCUAAUUUCGCAUUGAACAUUAAAAAGUUAAAUGCAUUAUCAUUUGUUCUUCCGCAUUUGGUAAUUAAUGCAUACGAACCAAUUUUGGAAACUGAGUUUUAUAUUGAAAAUGAAAUCUUAUUAUCAGAUUUUUUGGAUUAUUUUGAGAGUACGUGGAUUGGGAAAUUAUGUCGUAAUAAAAAACGUCGAAAUCCCAGAUUUCCAAUAGAGCUAUGGAAUUGUUACAAUCUCGUUAAAUAUGAUAUUCCUAAAACAAACAAUUCAGUAGAAGGGUGGCAUAAUUCAUUUAAUUCAACAUUAAAUGCACUUCAUCCUUCGAUAUGGAAGUUUAUCGAAGCGCUAAAAAAAGAAGAAAAACUUAAUCGUUUAAAAAUGCAUCUAUUUUUGGCUGGAACAGAACCAAGACAAAAACUUAAAAAAUAUAAAGACACAGCUUCUAGAAUUAAGGCAAUCUGUAAUGAUUUUGAAAAUCGCAGUAUAAACGAUUUUUUAAAAGGCAUUGCUCAAAAUCUAUCAUAA